CAACGGACAUCGCCGCUGUCGCUCACUUUUCUGCCACUCAUGUGCUGUCGACCCUGAGACUGCAUGAUCUGGACCCUGUGUACUUCGCAAACCCAGCAUUUCGCAUCUCAUCAGCCCAACUCAAUUUAGCUACGAAUCAGCCUAUGAUCAUGUGUAUCACUCCACGACCAAAGGCACAAGAUGCAGAUGCAAUACUGCACAGCCCUUUCGGUACCGUACAAUCCAUUGCUCUGCGAAUGACGCACAAUCUUGUUUUGUGUAUCACCCUCCCUCUAGAACUCGGAGUCAAAUGCGCGCAAUUGGUACAAACCUGCGCGCAGUAUAAUGCACGCAAUCCAAUAAUCCCUGCUCAGCUGCUUCGAGACGUAUCCGGUGUAUGCAGAGGCAGUCCUGAGAGCGGCCAAGAUGCGAGGUAUCGGCGGUCAUACCCAUGUGGAUCUUCCGUCCGAGGCGCUUUCCGAACCCUUUUUCACCACGUCCUCUCCGCUUGUCAACCACGCGAUGGCCGCGCCUGAUAGCACCAACACAUGAUGUUUUGAGUUGUAUAUAAGGCGCAAUGGUGCGCUUCGUGCCACCACCCCUCAUCUAUCCCUCGUUAUGACGCACGAUCCCACUACGAUUGCCGACACAGUCGGCGCAUUCGAGAUUGGGACGUUCGCUGACACCCUUUUGUUCGGCAUCCUUUGCUUGCAAUGCUAUAUCUUUCUGCACAAUAACGAGCGGGCAAGCAGGCUAAUGCAGUAUUCGAUCUGGACUAUCUGGUUACUCAAUACGGGACAUCUGAUAUGCUCAAUACAUGUCACCUAUUGGUACACCGUCACGAACUUCGGUAAUGUCCUUGAGGACUUCACACAUCAGCCUAGAAGCAGCGCAUUCAUGACCCUCUUCGGUGUCAUGAGCAAUCUGAUGGUCCAGGUCUGGUUCAUCUUCCGCAUUUGGAUCCUGAGCGAUAGGAACCGUCGUCUGAUGGUAGUUCUGAGCACCCUCACUGGGAUAGCCUUUGGUGUGGCGGCAUCGUUUGCUCUAAUAACAAUCAUUCCAUCGCCUCUCACAGCAACUGAAGAAUCUGUCACUCGCAUCAAUUGGCUCAUAUACUUUACGCAUAGCGUGGAUAUUCUCGCAAACCUCGCGCUGACUAUCGCAUUAUGCUACUACCUAUGGAAAGCCAAGAUGACGACCCUGUCCAAAACCCGGUCUGUGGUAGAAUGGACACUGACCUACACUGUCAACACUGGAUUAUUGGCAAUGAUCUUCCCCAUUACUACGAUUAUUCUACGACUGACACGACCGGAUGAUAUGGUUUUCUUCUCAGUCUACGUCCCCUACAGCGCGAUCUACUCUAAUGCGCUACUUGGCUCCCUUAAUGCGCGGGACUGGGUUCGACAUGACGACGAUCCUGUCACCAUCCAUCUGAGCGACCUGGACAACAGCGUGCUGUCGACUCCAAACGGAACGAGGGCCACAAUCAACCGCGGCAACCACCACGCCAAGUCCUCAUCGGCAACCACGCCUCUCACAGUCAAGGUGGAGUCAGAGACUCAUACCCAGGUCGUCAAGUUCUCCGAUGGGUACUGUUGAACCGUUACAAUCCCGUUUGCUUUUGAUAGCGAACUGCUUUCAUGUACGAUACUUUACUUACCC